AAAAAAUAAUUUAGGUCGUUUUCUUGAAUGGAUAUUGUUUCAAUGAAAUAUAAAAAUUAUAUGAAAACCUACUCCACUGAAAUUAUUUCACUUCACUUCAGUCUAAAUAUUGGAUUUUCUUCUCUUCUUUGGGAGUAUUAUUAUGAAUAGGGAGGACCAAAUGGCGAAUGGACCAUGCUUAUCCAAAGAACAAAAUCUACAAGGUUUCUGAUGUGGCUGUUUCUUAUCCACCUCACAGAUUGACAGAUAUAGACUACUUUUCUCCUAGUCUUCCUGGCACGGCUGCCUUCCUGCAAAAAUUCAUCUCAAACAUUGUACAAAUCAAACUGUCAGAGCUCAUCCAUGGCAUCUAUAGCUUCUGCUCAGGCUCUGUUCUCUACAAAUUCAGCAGUCAAGAGAGAAUGUCAACCCACAAAGUCAACAACGUUCGUGGGCUCAAAAGUUUUUCCAUCCUUCAAAACCAGUGGUGUUUACGGGAUCAAUAAGAAGAAAAGCCGGCCGCUGACGGUGGUUGCAGCCUUUGGAGAUGUAUCUUCAGACGGAACGACUUACCUAAUCGCCGGCGCUAUUGGGAUUGCUUUAAUUGGAACUGCAUUCCCUAUAUUAUUCUCCCGCAAAGACCUGUGCCCUGAAUGUGAUGGAGCUGGUUUCAUAAGGCGAGGUGGAGCGACACUGAAGGCUAAUGCAGCUAGGAAAGAUCAAGCCCAGAUUGUAUGUCCUAACUGCAAUGGACUUGGCAAACUCAACCAAAUUGACAAAUAAUUAAAAUGGACCAUACCAUUCCAUCAUUUACUAGCUUUUGGAAACUGUUUCCUCUGUUACGGUAUUUGAAUUCAACACCCUUUCUCCGAUUCAUUGUUUGCAGUAAUCAUACAGCGUAUGUACUUGUAUCAUCUGUAUUAACAAGUCACAAAUGAAAUGCACCUUCAAAUUGUUGUGCAAAUUGUUUCACAAGCUCAUAUAUGGAGAGCACUGAGUUUUUGUUGUGCAAAUUGUAAUGUGGGUUGGUAAGCAGUGAUGAUGUUUUAGAAGGUAAACGAGUCUGUGUCAUAUAUGUCUUAACUGCUACAUAUGAGGCUCCUACAGGCCCUUCAAUUCAAUAGAAAUUCUUUAGUAAGGAAGCUAACAUAAGAAUACAAAGGAUUCUAAUUCCUGGGCUUCCGCUUACUUUGCGAAGUACUGUAUACCUAACCAAAAAUAAAGACUAGACAUAUUUAGCACAUUCUGUUAAUUGAGUUGACACUGCCAGUGUUGGAUUUCGCCCAAAGUUUCUCAUUUGGGAGGACAGAAAGUGAUGACAUAACGGGAAGCCCUGCAUUUGUUAAGGCUGGAAGAAUCAUCAAAAGCGUAGCUGUAGGCUUUGGGGCAAAUGGCCUUGAAGAGAUUGGCAAAGAGUGUAGGUUUGCAAGUUUUGGGAUUUGCAUAUUCUCCAGUGCAGCAAUACUUAGCUGACUGCAUUGCCAAGCAAGCACUUUUGCACCCCAUCACUCUUCCACCUAUCCUGACUUCCAAUGCCGAUGGACAACAUACGUUUAGAUCAACCUCGCACUCUGCGAUCCCACACCCGAUUCCUCCUCCAACCGGCUUCAUUGACACCGGCAAGUUAAAGCCAUCGACCAAGCUCACAUCAUAGAAAUGCAAAGGCGAAAAGGAUGAUCCGAGCGUCAUUUCAACCACGGUUGCUGGCGGUGCGCCACCAAUUCCCUGGCAAUGUAGUGUCCCGCCACAAUCUCCCGUGUCGCAGGAACCUUUUCCGUUUGCAUCAAACCGGCAAUUCUGCCUGCCCCAGAUCCUGCCAGACCAUUUAUCAGGCACAUCAAUCACCGCUUCCUCGCCACUAGCUAGAUGAAAACCACCAUCUUUUGGUGUAAUCUGCCCUGCACUGCCAAGUAUCCCUGGCCAUAUUUGUUCUUGACAAUUGUUGACUAUAAUCAGCUGACUUCCAUCUGCAAUCAUCACAGAAAAUGAACCCAAAAAAAUGUUAGUGUAAAAGACAUAAUCAAGAAAAUAGACAGAUUGGAAUGAGAUCCAAAAAAAUCCAAAGCAUACUUGUCUUGGUGAAUACGGGGAAUAUGGAGAGCAGGAUUAGUAGAAGAUACGAAGGGAUUUGCAUUUUUGCCAUGUCAAAUGAAAAAAAAAAAAAUUUGUUUUUGCUGAUGAAGGGAAAACAGGAACUUCAGAGAUGCGAUACAAUGUCGAAUUACGCACAUAAAUGUUUGAAUUUAAUAGGUGCUCAAAUGAACUCUCCACUAAGCAGCAUUCUGCCCAGUAGCCGAUAGAGUACCUGUUUUAGGAUGCUUUUUCUACCCUUUUUAGAGUUUUAUACUAUUUUUUAAUUUAAAAAAAGGUCGAGCAUAUAUGCAUUGCUUCCGAGGCGAGGUUGCAUUCCUUGAUUUAUUGAGGCUAUUAAUCUCGCUCAACUUUGUAGUAUACUUUAUUUUGGGAGGGGGAAAAAAGGUUUAGUUUAUUAUCCAUGUCUUUUCUUUUAGCUGUAAUUGGUUAUUGUCUUAUCUUAUUGGUUCAAAGUAGAUUUAAUGUUAGGACAUUGUUGUUCUUAUAUUUAUUUAUUUCUUUUACAUGCCAAAAAAGAGAAACACGAGGUUUUGUUACUAGAAUUUCGCAUAAUUACGACACACACGCAUACAUACAUAC